CCGGCAUCCAUGGCUCACUCGCCAGCACAAGCUAAGAGAGUGCGCACACUCCUGUCUCCCAGCGCACUCCUGCUGCUCCCACUACGGGAGGUGUCGGCGUGUGUGUAUAGCGUGCAACCCAUUGAAAGUUUAUAAUGUGCGUUCGUUACGCAGCGGCAGUGUUGAGUGUGCGUGUGUGCAGCUGCCAGUGUUGCGUGUAUACUGCAGACAGUGUUACAAGUGUCCUGCAAACAGUGUUGUGACCGUAGGAGUAGUGUUUACACCUGGCGCGUAUGAGCUACUGGAGCCAGUUGUCUCAGGCAUUAAGGUGACCCGUGUUCAAUGUCCAGUCAAAACAUCCGAAGGACGUGUAGUGUGAGCGCCUCGACGUAGCCCUGAGGCAGUGACGCCAAAAUAAUUAUAUAUUGUUUUCUCUGGUCGCUCCCGUGUUCACAUCUCGCCCUCAAAUCAACACAACCGAAGAUUGAGUUCAAGGAGAGGAAGGCAUCGGGUGGAGGAGCGGCAGGUUCAGCAGUAAAUGAAUGUGGGUCAUUUGUUUUUAGCAGUGUUUGUGUGGUGGCCUCCCUCAGGUGCCACGACGAGGGACAAGACGCCAGUGGGUGGAAUGAGAGAGAUAUUGGCUAGUGCGGCCGCAACGGACACACCCGGAGUGAGGCGGGCAAUAUCGCCGGAGCGCCACAGGGAGAUUAUCCUCUUGUUAACUUUACCGAUCCUGCCAUCCCGUGGCGGCGUGGGAUGCGUGGCCCUAGUUACCACCCUUCGCCUUGUAUCACCCUUGUAGCCCAUGUCGUCUUGGGGCGGCGCCCCUCUCGCGACCUUCCCUGAGCGACCUUGGACCAGCCUCCGUGCGCAGGUGACGCGACUGCUGGAGGUAGUUCGCGCCUUCAUCACUGCCAAAAAGGACCGCUUGGCUGCGGUCGCCCGCGCUACCCAGAACGCUAUACUAAGCCUCCCCAUCUUCAAGUCAGUGGCCCAUUGCUCUCACCCACUAGAUCAGCGAAUUACUCAUCAGGAUCUUCACGUUGUUGACCUUUUUUCCGGAAACGGGUCCAUUUCGAAGAAGAAAGCAAGGCGUGUUUUUAACAUUAACAGUAAUAAACGAGUCAGACUGAGGAACAUCCUGUUCGUGAACAUCAUGGAGGAGGAACGCAUGAGCUUCGUGUACAUGUUCUGUUCCUUCGUACCUCUAGCUCUCCUGGGACUCUUGCUAGAGGCAGCCGUCUUCCUGUUCUCUGCUGUUGUCCAGUUCAAGAGGAUGUUAAACAAGGAACUAAGUCACUUCUCAGAGUCCAGCAAAUCCGGCAACCAGAUUUCUGAGUACAUCUGCACGACCUUUCUUGACCAGCAACAAGAUUUGGACAUCCCAAGCCUCCGGGUUGAUGAUGGCGAACGACCCAAGAAAAAGGAACGGACUGUGUCUGGUGGCGGGCUGGUGGGAGGCCAGAUGCCAAUGUCGAUGAUGGCGCCAAUCCCCACCACCACGUCUGCCAUCACCACCACCGCACACAAGGAGGUUUCCAUGUCCCACAUCCAGGGGGUGAAGAAGCCGCUCCUCCACGCCAACUCCUUCACUGGCGAUAGACCCCCCAAGUACGGCGUUGACACCCACCACGAGGACGAUCUGGGCAAAAUUCUAGAGGAUGUAGAUAAAUGGGGCAUAGACAUCUACAGGAUAUCAGAGCUCUCCAACAGAAAACCUUUAACAACUGUAACAUACACAAUUUUCACGGAACGUGAUUUGUUGAAGACGUUCAAAAUUCCGCCCAAGACUUUCGUAGCAUUCAUGAUGACACUGGAAGAUCAUUACCUCAAGGAAGUUCCUUAUCACAACUCGCUACAUGCUGCUGAUGUCACACAGUCCACACACGUCCUCCUAAACUCCCCAGCUCUCGAGUCGGUAUUUACCAACUUGGAAAUUUUGGCAGCCAUAUUUGCUGCUGCUAUUCAUGACGUGGACCACCCUGGCCUCACAAAUCAGUACCUGAUCAAUUCCUCCUCAGAGCUUGCUCUCAUGUAUAAUGACGAGUCAGUUCUAGAGAACCACCACUUGGCUGUAGCCUUCAAGCUCUUGCAAAAUGAGGAUUGUGAUAUAUUUGCCAAUCUGAGUAAAAAACAACGGCAAACACUUCGCAAGAUGGUGAUUGACAUGGUGUUGGCCACUGAUAUGAGCAAGCACAUGAGUCUUCUUGCAGAUCUCAAAACUAUGGUGGAAACGAAGAAAGUCGCAGGCUCAGGCGUUCUUCUUCUUGAUAAUUACACCGACCGAAUACAGGUGCUACAAAACAUGGUGCACUGUGCUGACCUGAGCAACCCCACCAAACCCUUAGAAUUGUACAAAAAUUGGGUAUCAUCUAUUAUGGAAGAAUUCUUCCAGCAAGGUGAUCGGGAGAGAGAUCAGGGCAUGGAUAUCUCGCCCAUGUGUGACAGACAUUCUGCCACAAUUGAGAAGUCACAGGUUGGCUUCAUUGAUUACAUUGUCCACCCACUGUGGGAAACUUGGGCAGACUUAGUUCAUCCAGAUGCACAAGACAUCCUUGACACUCUAGAAGAGAACCGUGAUUGGUAUCAGAGCAUGAUUCCCAUCUCUCCAUCUUCAUCAUCUAAUGACCUUAAGGAAGAGGAAUACCAGGGUGAUAACUCGCAAGAUGUGCCUGAGGAAGAACUCUGUGCUGCUGCAGACAGAAUCCAGAUCCAGUUUACGUUAGAUGAUGAAGGAAGUGGAAAACGAGCACCGCCGGAUGAUGCUCAGGGUGAGGACCCUACAAUGUGACCAUUGGUAGCGUCCUACUGCACCAAACUAAAGCGUAAAGUGAUGAGGUGGCUGCACCUCAAGUGACCAACCCUACAGGAGGUGGGAACUAUGUUUACCCUCAUCCCCCUCCGUGCUAGUGGCCUCAUCUUCAACUUUUACCUUCGUACCUCAUGUUCUGAGAUUUCUUUAAUUGCCAGGUGGACACUUACCAUCUGGCAAGCACCAGAGCCAGAAUUGCAAUUUAGUGGAAAGUGUAUGUUGUGCAGACACUUGGGUGUUUUUGUUAGUGCAACUCCCUUGUGAGCCAAGUGUGCGUUUUGCCACGUGUCCAGUGCGCCGCGCCCUGCAGGUUCAGGGAUGCUCGCGUGGGUUUGUCUGAGCUCCCAAAGACUGGUGUGCUGCUGUUCGCCCAGCCUCAGCUGACCCAUCCUUGCCUAGUGUGAUCAAUAUUUUCUUGUAAUAGUGGUGGAGAUGUAGGUCACAACAGUGAACAGUGCCAAAUUGUUCCUUUUAAAUGCGGACCCUAAGAAUGAAUUAUGUUUAUCACAAUAAGUGAGCACAAGUUUGGGAGGUUGUUUUGUGAGGACUGAUCAGGCGAGGUUUUGUGUGGUACAUAUCAGAUAGAGGCAUUGAUAAUGGGCACAUACUUGGUGCUCACAUCAUAAUUUUGAGUGUAAGGCAUUACAAGCUCUUUCAUCAAACAGGUUUAUUCUUCAUUUAACCUGACGGGGUUCUCUGCACUUCAUUUCCAAAGCAGUCACGCUAUCACAGAAGCCAAAGAUAAUUUAUUGCUUCACAUUUGUGGUGGGGAUUUUGGUCACCACUGUGACAUCUGAGCUGCUGCUGCAUGGUACAAAGCCUGAGCAUUUGCACAGUAGCGGAGGGGUCAGUGGAUCCUGUCAGGUAUAAUGUCCAUUGUGACAUGAUCAGUCAUAAAAUAAAAAUGUAUAUGGUUUUAGACAAAUUUAAUUUGCCAUUCUAUAAGUGAAAAUUAACACAUUGGAUCUUUGUCAUUUCUAGUUAUGCCAAUUUCAUGCAGGACUCAUGAGUACAGUAGUUUUAUUUUGUGGUGUAACUUUUCAGGUUUUAAUCCUUUAGAUGACUUAUUUUGACACUGUCAUAGAUGUGGACAAACUUUAUGUAUGUUUUUUUUAAUAAACUUUUGAAAUAGGUAGACUCGUAGUAAUUUCCCAUGUGAUAAGAGUAUUGAGAACAUAGUAUGCAUCAUGUUGUAUUCCAUCAGCUGCUUCAUGUCAGGUCAUCGGCCAAACUCUUGAAUCAGGGCUUGAGACUU